UGGAGGUAGGCACCUGGCGGGUCCCCGGGUGGCAGACGCCACCGCCACCGCUGCACACACCUGGUCCCCGAGCCGUCUGCUCCCAGCGCGUCCUCCUCUCCCCAGCCUCGCCCGCCUGCCAUGGGUGAGCCUGCCGAGCCCGGGAAUCAGGCCAAAUGGGACCCCUAUGAGAAAAACAUCUCGGCGAUCAGGGCUUAGUUGCGGCAUGUGGGAUCCAGUUGCCUGACCAAGGGUCGAACCCGGGCCGCCUGCACUGGGAGCACAGUCUUAGCCACUGGACCACCAGGGAAGUCCCUUCAACAAAAAUAUUGAUGGAUGGCACCCAAGUUCUGAUACACUUCCCCUCCACCAGGCCAGAAUUUGUCAGGCGAAUACUUCAGGUACAAAGGCAUCCUCUUCCCCGUGGGCAUCUACUCACCUGAGAGCAUCAGCAUGGUAGAGAACGCCGAAGUACAGGACGAUGACAUCUUCAUCGUCACCUACCCCAAGUCAGGGACCAACUGGAUGAUUGAGAUCCUGAGCUUAAUCCUAAAGGACGGGGACCCCUCCUGGAUCCACUCCGUGCCCAUCUGGAAGCGGUCACCCUGGUGUGAAACCAUCAUGGGUGCCUUCAGCCUCCCCAACCAGCCCAGCCCCCGCCUCAUGAGUUCCCACCUCCCCAUCCAGCUCUUCGCCAAGGCCUUCUUCAACUCCAAGGCCAAGGUGAUCUACAUGGGCCGGAACCCCCGGGAUGUGGCGGUCUCACUCUAUCACUACUCCAAGAUUGCCAGGCAGUUGAAGGAUCCUGGCACGCCCGACCAGUUCCUGGAGAACUUCCUCAAAGGCGAAGUGCAGUUCGGCUCCUGGUUCGACCACAUUAAGGGCUGGAUUCGGAUGAAGGGCAAAGAAAACUUCCUGUUUAUUACUUACGAGGAGAUGCAGCAGGAUCUCCGCAGCUCCGUGCAGCGCGUCUGCCAGUUCCUGAGCUGGCCACUGGGCGAGGAGGCACUGGAGUCCGUCGUGGCACACUCGGCCUUCAAAGCCAUGAAGGCCAACCCCAUGUCCAACUUCUCUCUGCUGCCCCAGAGCCUGCUGGACCAGCGCCACGGUGCCUUCCUCCGGAAAGGGGUCUGCGGUGACUGGAAGAACCACUUCACGUUGGCGCAGAGUGAAGCCUUCGACCGCGUCUACCGCGAGCAGAUGCGGGGGCUGCCGACCUUCCCCUGGGACGUGGACCCCGAGGACGCCAGUCCGGACUCCGACCCCGAUCCCCACCCGAGCCCCAACCCAGAUCAGGCCUCCGAAGCACCCCACCAGUGACCCUGAAAAUAAAAGCGUCUCUCUCCUG